AUGCGACACGAAGACUUUCAAAACCAACGCGUGAACGCCGCCGGAAGGGGGCGGGAUAGUGGGCAACGAACAGAUACGCUACGGACAGCUGGCGUUUUGCGUUUACGAGCUAGGAUAGGCUCGUGCCACUUCCUUGCAGAAUCCUCACUUGGAGCAUGGUUGAAGGAGAGCGGCGUACCUGCCCUUUUCGGCGUCGAUACCCGUGCUCUCACCAAAAGGAUCAGAGAGAAAGGGUCUCUGCUGGGAAAAGCCCUAGUUCGUGCUGAAGGAACCAACCCUAACGACCAAAAUUUGGUUGCAGCAGUCUCUAUUGCCGCCCCCAAGCUUUAUAAAGCUCGACUUCAUCCCCCCAGUCGUCCACUGCGCGUACUUGCGAUCGACGUUGGGAUGAAACACAACCAAAUUCGCUGCUUCGCUAAACGAGGUAUUGAGCUCAAGGUUGUGCCAUGCCCUCCCUACGCCCUUCUCCCUCUUCCCAGGCCCAUACAUUCCCCUCCAACCCCAACCACUGAAGGGCAUAAUAAGCCCUGGUAA